AUGUCUCUUUGUCAAGAAAUUGAAUCAGUUCUCAGAAUUAAUAGCAAAAUUGAAUCUAUUCUUGGAAUUAUUAACAAAGAUAAUUGUAAAGAAAGAGUACUUGCUGCAGGAACAGUACUGAUUAAAGGUCUUAAUAAUUCAUAUAGUAUAAAAUUUCUAGCUUGUUUUAAAUUCAACAAUUAUCAAGUUUCUGAAAAAUUUAUUACGCAAAAUAAAAAACCUGAUGAUGAUGUAAUUAUCAAAUGGACACAUAAAUUUUUAAUUUUUGUAAAAAAUUUGGAAAACUACAUGUUUAUAGAUAUAGAUCCACUACUACAAAUUGUUUGGAUAUUAAUAGAAGUACUUGCUAAAGUUGGAUAUUUUAGCACAAAUACACAAAAAAUCAAAAUAUUAAGUUCUGGCAUUACUCUAUUUGUAUUAGAAUUAAACACAAGCAAUUAUAAAUUGAAAUAUUCAGAAAAUUUACCACAAAAUUUAGUUAUUAUUACUUCAUUUAAAUGUUUACCUUCAAAUUAUGAGCCAAGCUUCAAGAUACACCAUCUUGAUAAAGACAAUAAUGAAAAGAUACACCAUCUUAAUAAAGACAAUAAUGAAAAGAUACACUAUCUUGAUAAAAACAAUAAUAAAAAGAUACACCGUCUUGAUAAAGACAAUAAUGAAAGCGAAUAUGUAGAUCCUUUUUAUAGGAAUAUUGAAAAUGAUCAUGAAUUUUAUAAUUUUUCUCAACCUCUUUCACAAGUAUCAGUUAUAUAA